GAAGAAGAGGACCCAGUAGGUUCAUCCCGGUUCAGCCAAGGAUUGGAGUCCUAAGUAGGCUGUGUACUUCUGUCUCUAGGACUGAACUGGGCAGGCUCCAGCUGUGUCCCGUUUGAACAAACCACAGGAACACCUUGCUGAUGCAGAUUAACAUCAUCCGACUUUACAUAACAUUACUGCUCCUAUGGUAGCCCGGAGGGAUUAAGAAGAAAAGUACUCAGCGGACCUAAAAUAGAACCUUUUUAUUCACCUGAGACAAAUGAUUUUGUGUCAUGGAUCCAAGUGUUGUGGACGGUCUUGUGACUCUUGUCAUCAGGGCACCCAACCAAAAGUACAAUGACCAGACCAUCAACUGUUGUCAGAACUGGACUGUGGAGAAGCUCAAAGCUCAUCUGUCUGAUGUAUACCCAAGCAAACCUAGCUCAAAGGACCAGAGGCUGGUGUAUUCUGGGAAGCUGCUUUUGGACCACUUUACCUUGAAGGAUGUACUUAGAAAGCAGGAUGAGUACCAUAUGCUCCAUCUGGUGUGCGCCUCAAGAACCCCUCCCAGCUCCCCGAAGCCCCCCCGCAGCCACAGUAACAAGCCUCAGGAGAGCUCGUCCGGUCCCACGUCACAGCAAAACUCUUCUAGUUCUUUACCUGGUCAGCAGAGCCAGUCAUCUACAGCAGAGAGCAGUGAUGGACUCAGACAGAGAGCUGGACACUUUCCAGACCCCCAUAUGUAUGCACAGUUAAUGCACAGCUGGAAUCAGUACCCCCCAAUGUCAGCUCCUCCCACCAACAUGGCUGCCUAUUACAACCCCAUGACACUGCUGUGGUGGCAGCAGCUUUACGCCCGGCAGUACUACAUGCAUUACCAGUUACUGGCUGCCUCCUCUCAGCCCUUGCACACAGAGCAGCCCUCCACUCAGUCUAACCAGCAGGAUCAGGUGGGUGAGCGACCUCAGAGGAAUCGCCGUGUCGUCAAUCCUGAAGUUCAGAUGAACGCCCAGGGAGGGGAGGUUCUCAAUGAGGAAGAGCUGAACCGGGAUUGGCUGGACUGGGUGUACACGUUUUCACGCGCUGCAAUCUUACUCAGUGUCGUUUACUUCUACUCAUCGUUCAGUCGCUUCAUUAUGGUGAUGAUGGCCAUGCUGGUGCUCUACCUGCAUCAGGCCGGCUGGUUUCCCUUUAACUUGGAGAAUGAACUGUUUCCUGACAGAGCCAACCAGGAUGAGAUGGAGGCAGAGCUGCACAACCUGGACCUGCAAGAAGUGGACGGUCUGAUGGAUGACGGCUCAGAUGAUGAUGGGGAAAGCGGGGAGGAGGGAGCUGACGAUCCAAACAGCGGCCCUCACACAGGCUUCCUGUCCUCCACGUGGUCCUUCAUCAUCACCUUCUUCAUGUCCCUCAUCCCUGAGGGGCCGCCAAACGCUGCUAACUGAACCACAAGCCCCCACUCAUUUCAACAGGAGCACGUAGUUUCUUUCUUUUUUCUUUAAGAGGAGGACAGAUAGCUGACCUGCUCCUGUAACAGUGCAGUGUUAACUUUUCCUCUUUGUUAUUUUAUGACAUAUCCAAGACUUUGAGCCAAGACACAAGUGACUGAUUUAACCUGAAAAAAGGAAAUGAACCCUUAUUAAGGAGGGCUUUUUUUGUCCGAAUAAAUACACAAACUGUUGGAUGACAGGAUUUUUAGUUAACCUGCUACAUACAAGGAGGACUAGACAUGUCUUGUAUAAAUAGUCCAAAAUGUGUUACUUCUUUUACUUAUGAAAUAGGGACAAAGGCACAUUUAUAAAUCUUAAGCACUACUUUUGAUUAACCAACUGGAUUUUGUUACUUUAUGAAGCUGCGUUUUCUGUUGAAAUAGUUUUACGUGUAUGUAAAGAUUUUUUGUUAUGUUGUUUGUAUCCAAAUGAGACAAUUUAAAAGGGCAGCACAAGUCCAAAGCUGGACCUGAGUGGAUAAAUCAAUCAUGUAGCCCCUGUGAUAACAUGAGAGUUUAUUAAAUGUGUCUGAACACA